UGUUCCUCCGCCGCAGCCCCGCUCUAAACGGAGCGGCUCCUCGGGACGCGGCAGGGCACAGUGAGUGGGGAGCGCCCGGGGAGCCCGGCCGCCUCUGCCCUGGAUCUCCCGCGGCGCCCGCCGGCCCCGGCCCGGGCCCCGCCCCGGCUCCGGCUGCGGCCCCGGCCCGCCGGCAGGUGACCCCCGCCCGGCGCCGGCUGCAGCAUGACCUGACCGCUGGGCGGCCGCCCCCGCCCCGGCCCCGGCCCGGCAGCGCGCCCCGUGCCCCCGCUAGACACGCGCGGCUCCCGCCUCCUCCCGCUGCAGCGCCGCCCGCGCCCGGCCCCGGCCCGGGCCCCCAUGGACAUCGCCGCCGGCCCCGAGUCCCUGGACCGCUGCUUCGGCCGGGGCCCGCCGGACCGCGCCGCGAUGCUGGACGGCAUCAAAGUGGAAGAUCGGCCGCUGCGCUCGGGCGCCGCCGCCCUGGGCGUGUUGCUGGGGUCCGAGUGUCAGAACCAGGCGGUUUGCGAGGGCUGCCAGCGGCCGAUCUCAGACCGUUUUCUGAUGAGAGUGAACGAGUCUUCCUGGCACGAAGAGUGUUUGCAGUGUGCAGUGUGUCAACAAGCCCUCACCACCAGCUGCUACUUCCGGGAUCGAAAACUGUACUGCAAACAGGACUACCAACAGCUAUUUGCUGCUAAGUGCAGCGGCUGCAUGGAAAAGAUCGCCCCAACAGAAUUUGUGAUGAGAGCCCUGGAAUGUGUUUACCACUUAAGCUGCUUCAGUUGCUGUGUCUGUGAACGACAGCUGAGGAAAGGAGAUGAAUUUGUUCUGAAGGAAGGACAAUUGCUCUGCAAAAGUGACUAUGAAAAAGAAAAAGACUUGCUGAGCUCAGUGAGCCCCGAUGACUCAGACUCAGUUAAAAGUGAUGAUGAGGAUGGAGAUGUUAAACCAACCAAAGGACAAGCAAGCCAAGGAAAAGGGAGUGAUGAUGGAAAAGACCCAAGGAGACCCAAACGACCAAGGACAAUACUUACAACACAGCAGAGAAGAGCAUUCAAAGCCUCCUUUGAAGUGUCUUCAAAGCCAUGUAGGAAGGUCAGAGAAACACUAGCAGCUGAAACAGGACUCAGUGUGCGAGUUGUCCAGGUCUGGUUUCAGAACCAAAGAGCAAAGAUGAAGAAACUAGCACGGAGGCAUCAGCAGCAGCAGGAGCAGCAAAAUUCUCAGCGACUAGGGCAAGCUGAGUAUGUGGUAGUUGGGGAGCAGCGAUCUGGUGAAUGCCUAACUCUGCCUGGUCUCUCACAUUCAGCCCCGCAGCAGACAGAAGUAAUGUCCAACCGAAUGGAAGGGAUGAUGACAUCUUACACACCACUUGCACCACCACAGCAGCAGAUUGUAGCAAUGGAUCAAAGCAGUUAUGGCACGGACCCAUUCCAGCAAGGUCUUACCCCUCCACAAAUGCCAGGAGACCACAUGAACCCCUAUGGAAAUGACUCCAUUUUUCACGAUAUCGACAGUGAUACCUCUUUGACUAGCUUGAGCGACUGUUUCCUUGCCUCCUCAGAAGUUAACUCCAUGCAGGCUAGAGUAGGAAACCCCAUUGACAGGCUGUACUCUAUGCAGAGCUCAUAUUUCGCCUCAUGAAAAUAAUAAUAAAAAAAACAAAUAGCUGGCGUAUCUUUAGCAAGUGACUUUUUGCAGAGCAGACUCUACAGCCAUAUGUUGCCCAGCUCUUCCUUCACAGUGACUCCUGCCGCCUCUGGACUGCCACGAGCAUUUUUAGGAGGACCAUGUAUUAAAUCAAUCAAUCAACCCACCAAUCCCUCUGCCCUCCUCCCCCAUACACAUCCUCAGUUAUCCAGCUUGGACCAGGCCAUGAGAAAAGCAUGGGACGAGUGGAACAUCCAGCUCUCCAGCAGCCCUUGGUUUGGUUUGAGCUCCGCAUUGUAAAGGAAAUGAUGGUGUGAAAAGCUAGACCUUUUUCCUCCUUUCUUUCUUCCUUUCGUUUGGAUAUUUAACCUUUUUUUAAAAGCCACUGAUACUGACAUCAGUCGACCAUAUGACGAAUAAAUCAAAGAAACUGGAGACUCCUCCCCUUUCUUACUGCAUGACUCAUACUAUGUUGUGGAUAAAUUGCCAUUUGAACUGUGAGAAGUUAAUGUAAAUGUGACGUUCAACAUUUGUUUCCUUUCUACAUUUUUUCUACAUAACCCUCGGUCUGCUCCUUAGUUUAUAGCCCUUAUACUGUAUGAGACUUAGAAAAACUGGUUAACAAGAAGCCUUGUGGCGAAGCCAGUGAUUUCAUAAUUGAAAAAGGGCUAUGACCCUGGAGAGAAGCUGCAUGUUAGGGACAGAUGCAUUUAGAUUAGUAUUAAUCUUGAAUAAUUAAAACAAAAGGUGCUUACA